GCCCCGCCGGCCAUGAGGCCCCGCCGGCGCCUUAGCGCGGCCCUGCGUCGCGGCUGCUGAGCCUCCGCCGGCCCCGCGGCCACCAUCGCCCUUCCCGCCCGCGCGGGGACCCCCCCCUCGGCUCCCCUCCCUCCUCACAGCCGCCGCCAUGUUGGGCCGGGAGCCGCAGCGGGGCCGCCACUGAGCCCCGGAGCCUGCGAGGAGGAGGCGGAGGAGGAGCCCGGUCCCGGCCGCCCCGCAGAGCCCAGCGCCGGCCGCCCAGCCGCAGCCAUGGCGGAGCAGACCUACUCCUGGGCAUAUUCCCUUGUGGAUUCCAGUCAAGUGUCUACCUUCCUGAUUUCUAUUCUCCUCAUAGUCUACGGCAGUUUCAGGUCUCUGAACAUGGACUUUGAGAAUCAAGACAAAGAGAAAGACAACAGCAGCGCUGCUGGGUCUUUUAAUGGCAACAGCACCAAUAACAGUAAGGGUAUUCAAACCAUCGAUUCCACCCAGGCGUUGUUCCUGCCCAUCGGAGCGUCCGUGUCUCUCCUAGUUAUGUUCUUCUUCUUCGACUCAGUUCAAGUUGUCUUUACAAUAUGCACAGCAGUCCUUGCAACAAUAGCUUUUGCUUUCCUUCUGCUCCCGAUGUGCCAGUACUUAACACGGCCUUGCUCACCUCAAAACAAGAUUUCCUUUGGCUGCUGUGGGCGUUUCACUGCUGCCGAGUUGCUCUCGUUUUCUCUGUCUGUGAUGCUUGUCCUUAUCUGGGUCCUAACUGGCCACUGGCUCCUAAUGGAUGCUCUGGCUAUGGGCCUGUGUGUUGCAAUGAUAGCCUUUGUCCGGCUGCCGAGCCUGAAGGUUUCCUGCUUGCUGCUCUCUGGGUUACUAAUUUAUGAUGUCUUUUGGGUCUUUUUUUCUGCCUACAUCUUUAACAGCAAUGUUAUGGUGAAAGUGGCCACACAACCAGCCGAUAACCCCCUGGAUGUGUUAUCCCGGAAACUUCACCUGGGACCAAAUGUAGGCAGAGAUGUUCCCCGUCUGUCGCUGCCUGGCAAACUUGUAUUCCCAAGUUCCACAGGCAGCCACUUCUCCAUGCUGGGGAUUGGAGAUAUUGUGAUGCCAGGGCUUCUGCUCUGCUUUGUCCUGCGUUAUGAUAACUACAAAAAACAAGCCAACAGUGACUCCUGCGGUGCCCCAGGACCAGGGAACAUCUCUGGGCGUAUGCAGAAGGUCUCCUACUUUCACUGCACACUUAUUGGCUAUUUUGUAGGUUUAUUAACUGCAACAGUAGCUUCUCGUAUUCACCGGGCAGCCCAGCCUGCCCUGCUCUAUUUGGUACCAUUCACUUUAUUGCCACUCCUCACCAUGGCCUAUUUAAAGGGCGAUCUACGUCGCAUGUGGUCUGAGCCUUUCCACUCCAAGUCCAGCAGCUCCCGUUUCCUGGAAGUAUGAUGGAACGGACAGGAAGUGACCUGAACUUCUGCCUUGGUCCUUUUCACUUUAACUUGUGGCUUUGUUGUCUCCUAAAGCUGGACUGGCUGGUACUUGGGAAGGUACCAGCGAUGGGACACGUAUGAAAGGACUUUGUUUUAAAGGAGUGAAAGAAACAAAAGCUAAAAUCCCAGAGCUCCGUGUGACUCCGUAUCUCCCUGCAGAUGUGGAACUGGGGACCCUUUGUGCAACUGCAGCCACUUUCCUCUUUUCCUCACUCAGAUGGAUUAGUACCAGACUAUUACCUUUGUGAGAGAGGAAGAGACAGACUUGAAACUAAAAACGGCUUGAAGUCGUUCAAAAACUUGUGAACACUAAACGCAAAAACGGUUAAGCAAACCGAGGCUUCUUCAGAGAACCCCUCGUGGACAUUGGGACCAGUUUCCUGCGGGACUUCGGUUUUGAAAAGAACUGAGACAGAAGGUCUUCUGUCACAAUAUUGGGUUUUUUUGAUUUAUUAAAUAUUUCCUGUGGUGUGAGGUUACUUAUUAAAUCCACAGACACUGAGUGACUUCUUGCAGUAUACAUAUAAAAAUUUGUUGUAACAAGUUACAUUUCCACCCAGAUGUCAUAUUGCAGUGAAAAAGGGCACGAUUUUUAUACAUAUAUAUAUACACACAUAUAGAUAUAUAUAUGAAUAAAUAAAAAGGAAAACCUGCUAAGAUCAUGCUGUGUAGCAGACAGGGGCUUGCUGUAAUUUUUAGCAUGUAGCGCAGUUACUCUGGCUUUAUGUAUAUGGACCUACAAUGAGCUGCUGUUUCCCCCCCCUUCUACAACUGAACCUGCAGUUUAAAAACAAGUGUAGUAUUUGUACUGGUUGUACCAUGGACUUUAGGGGAUAUUUGAUUUGAUCAAUGUAGCAAACUAGGGAAGAAAAAAGUUCAAACCCAACCCUGUGUGUCUGAGGGGGGAGGAGGUGGGGGUGUCUUUUUUCUUUUUUUUUUUUUUUUCUUUUUUAAAUUUUUUUUACAAACAGCUCCCUUGCAGGUUUUUAGUAGUUCUUUCUUGACCAGUGCAUGUAUUAUAGCAGCAAUUGUCUUUGUGCUUUCUGAUCAUAGUAAUGUAUCACUUGUAAAUACAUUUUUUCUAUUUUCUA